CUACUUACCAUUCUCUACUAACAAUACGUAAAUCAUUUGUAUAUUUGUCUUUACAGUCGACUACUAAUUUGUUUUCGUCACUAUAUUUAAAGCCACGGCAAAGCUGAUUCAGACUGGAAGUCAAUGAAAUUUCAAAGAGAAAAGAACAAUGAUUCAACUGUAAUUACAAGCUCUAUAAUCUACUUAUGUGGCUGUGAAGCUGCAGCGGGCAUUCAUUGCUGACGGGCCUCAUUUCGAGGUGAAGAAAUGGACAGCAUUUGGGAAAGCAAAGAGCGCUCACUGAAACGCAGGAUCAGACUGGACAGAUCUUCAGAAGAAUUAGGCCAGCAAGGUUACAGAAGAGUAAUUUGUAAUGACCCUCAGGCCAACGCCCCCUUUAACUAUCGGGGAAAUUCAAUAUCAACAACAAAGUACAAUUUAUUUACCUUCUUGCCCAAAGGUUUGUUUGAGCAGUUUCGACGGGUAGCUAAUGUUUACUUCCUUUUUGUCGCAAUUUUGUCCUUAGCACCCUUCAGUGCUGUACAAUCUGUAACAAAUAUUUUUCCUUUGGUGCUGGUGCUCUCCAUUUCACUUUCAAAGGAAGCCUUUGAAGAUUGGAGACGCUUCAAAAAUGACAGGAAAAUUAAUUCUUCUUUUGUUGAGGUCUUAGAAGGAGAUACUUGGGUGCAGACUACUUGGAGCAAGUUAGUUGUUGGCAGUAUUGUAAAGAUUAAGUCCAAAGAGUAUUUUCCUGCAGAUAUGUUGCUUUUGUCAAGCUCCAAUGAUGAGGGACUCUGCUACAUAGAGACAUCCAAUCUUGAUGGCGAGUCAAAUCUUAAAACGCGAAGGGCUCUAGAGAAUACUUGGAAGUAUGCUACUCCAUAUGAAGCCCGAAAUUUUAGAGGGGAAAUUCACUGUGAGCAUCCAAAUGAUUUGUUGUAUACUUUCACGGGAAACCUUGUAAUGGAUGAAGAAACAUUUCCUAUUUCAACUGAACAAAUCUUGCUAAGACAGGGCUGCAGCUUACAAAACACCAGUUGGAUUAUUGGAAUUGUGACUUUUACAGGACAUGAAACUAAGGUCAUGAUGAAUGCCUUGAAUGUUCCUUCAAAGAGAAGUAGAUUGGAUAAGAAGAUCGAUAUACUCAUAUAUUUCCUGUUUGGGAUGCUUUUCGUGAUGUCAAUGAUUGGGGGAAUAUCUUGCGUUCUUUUUAUUAAUCCCCAACUCUGGUACCUAGAGCUUCAGAUCGAUACGGGAGAUAUCUUCAGUGCAAGCCCCAAAGCUAUGGUGGGAGUGCUUAUGACUCUUUCCUUGAUUACUUUAUAUAAUACAAUCAUUCCUGUUUCUUUAUAUGUUUCCAUUGAGAUAAUAAAAUUUUUCCAAAGCACUCAAUUCAUCAACAAGGAUCUAAAUAUGUACCAUGAGGAGACAAAUAUGGGAGCACAAGCAAGGACAUCAAACUUAAAUGAUGAAUUAGGACAGGUUGAGUACAUUUUCUCAGACAAGACUGGGACCUUGACUCAAAACGUAAUGGAAUUUUGCAUGUGUUCAAUUGGUGGGAUUAUAUAUGGAUCUAGUUUAUCAGAUGACCAGAGAUCGGAUACUUAUGGAAUGAGGAUACCAUCUGAACAGUUACAUGUCAACAGACCCAAAUGUGAAUUUUAUGAGAAGGGUUUCAAUUUCUGUGAUCAAAGGCUGAUGGGAGGCGCUUGGAGAAAUGAGGAAAAUCCAGAAGUAUGUAAGGAAUUUUUUAGAUGUCUUGCUGUUUGUCACAGUGCCUUACCAGAUGAAGAAAGCACAUCAAAGGAAAUCAAUUACCAAGUAUCCUCCCCAGAUGAAGCUGCACUUGUAGUAGCAGCUAAAAACUUAGGAUUCUUCUUUCAUAGGAGAACUACCACAAGUGUCAUUGUACGUGAAUCACACGUUCAAGGACUAGGUUCUAUACAGGAUGUUGAAUAUAAAAUACUGAAUGUCUUGGAGUUUAGCAGCUCAAGGAAACGGCAGUCUGUUAUAUGUGCUCAUCCAAGUGGCCAACUGAUUUUAUAUUGCAAGGGUGCUGACACUGCCAUUUAUCAGAGAUUGGAAGACAACAAGAGUCCAAUUGCAGUUGCCACCUGGAACCACCUACGAAAAUUUGCUUCAGAAGGCCUCAGAACACUUUGUGUUGCUUACCGGUUUCUUGAUUUUAGUAUGUACCAAUCAUGGAAUGCAAUGUUUCAAGAAGCAAGGUCUUCUUUAACUGACCGUGAACAGAGAAUACAUCAGGUUGCAGAGUUAAUCGAGGAACAACUUAUUUUACUUGGGUGUGUAGCAAUUGAAGACAAGCUACAAGAUGGUGUUCCCACGUGCAUUCACACUUUGCUGCAAGCUGGUAUCAAAAUUUGGGUUUUGACUGGAGACAAGAUGGAAACUGCAAUCAAUGUUGGUUAUGCAGCAUGUGGUCUUAUUGAUGCAAAUAGAAGGCAAUUAGUCAUCAGCUCAGACACAAAGGGGGAUUCUACUGAAGUAGAAAUCAAAGAUUGGGUAAAACAAAAUCUUGUUUUCUACCUUGAAGAUGGUAAGGAACAUAGAAUUACAAACGGAAACAAUACAACACUGGUGAUUGAUGGGAAAUGCUUGGAAUAUGCUUUGGAGUCUGAUCUCCAUGAGAGCUUUUUUGAAUUGAGUUGCCAAUGCUUCAGUGUCAUUUGUUGCCGAGUAACACCUCUCCAAAAGGCCCAGGUCACAACGUUAAUAAGAUAUAAUGCAAGGAAAGUAACUUUAAGUAUUGGGGAUGGUGCAAAUGAUGUCAGCAUGAUUCAAGCUGCACAUAUUGGUGUUGCAGUUAGGGGACAAGAAGGAAUGCAGGCAGUGAUGGCAAGUGAUUUUGCAAUUUCUCAAUUCAGAUUCCUAACAGACCUCCUGCUUGUUCAUGGAAGGCUAUCUUAUGUUCGGAUUUCAAAGGUGGUAACAUAUUUUUUCUAUAAGAAUAUAUUGCUUACGUUGACACAAUUUUGGUUCACCUUAUUUUGUGGCUAUUCAAGUACAAACUUUUAUGAUGAUUGGUAUCAAUCAUUAUAUAAUGUCCUUUUCACUUCACUUCCAGUUUUUGCCAUUGGUAUCUUUGACCAGGAUGUAAGUCCCAAAAUUUCGAAGCAAUGUCCUCAAUUAUACAAAACUGGCAUUGAAAACUUGUAUUUCAGAUGGCAACUAUUAGGAAGAUGGUUGUUUUUCAGUAUUUUUCAGUCAUUUAUCAUAUUCUACUUCUCAAUUUUGACUGGAUUUAGUGGGAAAAGGCUUGGGAAAAUUCUUGGCCAGUGGGAUGUGGGGACACUAGCAUUUUCAAGUGUUGUUAUUGCCGUCAAUUUUCGACUUUUGAUUGGCAACAGCUUCCUGACACUGUGGCACUUUGCCAGCAUUCUUGGAAGCUUUGUUGUCUGGAUUAUCUUUCUUAUCUUCUACACAUCGAUAUAUUCUAUUUGGGAUUUCGAGGAAAAUGUUUAUGGUCAACUCCUUGUCCCCAUAUCCACCCUAGAUUUUUGGUUCAUUCUUUGUCUUUCUCCAGUGGCAGUCUUGGCAGCUGAUUUAGCUUUUGAAGGAUUUCAAAGAAUAUUUAUGCCGUACGACUAUCAAAUCAUUCAAGAUGAAGAACUCUCUCCAACAGGAAGAAAUGACCAACAACUAUCUAAAGGCUUAAGAGCUUGGCUGCUUCAACCUUCAUAAUGCGAUAGAAAAUUAAGGUGCAGUUUAAAUGAAUGUCUUGAAGAGAAGCAGUUGAAAUUUGACAAUUCAAUGUAUUUUUUUCUGCAAUAAUUGGAUCAACUCAGAUAUAUUAUUUGAAAGGGAACAGUUAGAUACAGAAAAUAAAUAUCAUGUCACCUGCGAGGCCAGAUAAGCCACUUGGAAAGAGUUCCCCCUCACAAACACCUACAAUCAGAAUCAGUAAGCUGCAAAGGCACUGAACAAAAUAUUCAAGGUGACAUUGUCACCCGUGAGAUAACCCCCUUACGAACCCUUACAAUCGAAAUCAAUAAGCUGCAAAGGCACCGAAAAGAUAUUCUAGGCAACAUUGUCACUGGAGGCAUUGUGUAUUCGUUAUUUGUUGAUGUUGAAGUUUUUGUCUUCAUCAUUCAAUUCAGACGAUGGGAGCUACUCCAUUUUUCUAUUAGUACCCAUUGAAAGACUUGAUUAUUGUUUCGAGGUUCUCUUAGGUGUCUUUCUGUGGAAAUCAAGAACGAUAUUGAAAGUGUUAGAAAUAGGUUGGCAUGAAGUUUCACAGCCCCAAUAGUUUUUUUACCAUCUAUACUCAUUAGAAGACUUGAUUAUUAUUUUAAGAUCCUCCUAGAUAUCUGUGAAAAUUGAUAACAGUAUCGAAAGUGUAGAAAUACGGAGUGAAUAUCACACCCCUCAUAAAUGUUUUCCCCAAUUGUUGAAAUACUUAAAUCUGAGUCUUAUUUUGACAAAAAAAAAAGAGAUUGAUAAUAUAAAAGCUUAUAUUAAUGAGCAAUUACGAGGAGGAAGUCUUUCAACAGCUUAGACCAGUUUCAUGAGUGCUAGAUUAGCAGAAAUGACAACAGAUUCUGAAAGGAGUUAUGCUGGAGCAUACAAGAAGAGAAGAUCAUUAUAAAAACAGCCAGUCCUAACUUAAAAAGCAUAAAGGCUCUUGUUUAGUACAAAUAAAUGGCUCGAGAGAUAAUGCUCUUUGUGAGGGUAGGUUCAGGCACAGUGUUUCUGGCGUUCUGUCAUGAUACAGGGUAGAGUCGAGGGAUGGAGCCUUCACAGCCAAGUUCAAAUUGAAGUCUUUGAAAUCACAGAGACGGAUCUUCACGAGGCUUGCUAUUUUUCAUUAUUUCAUUGCAUAUAAAAGUUCUAAGAC